GCGAUUGCAUACCGGAAGAAGAGAAUGGAUUCCAGAUUUUGGUGGCCGAUCCUCCUCGCCUUGGCCGUGGCCUCCGCCGGAGCUCGCUCUCAGUCCACCGACGCCUUCGGUUUCCUCUCCAUCGACUGCGGCCUCGAGCCCGGUUCGUCCUACGUCGACCCCCUCACCAACAUCUCCUAUGUCUCCGACGCCGGCUUCAUCGACACCGGCGUCAACCACAACAUCUCCGUCGAUUACGUGGGCGAUGUCAGGAACCCUGGGCUCCUCACCCUCCGCGCUUUCCCCAACGGCACCCGCAACUGCUACACCAUCCGGUCGCCGACAGUGGUUCGGGGGUCCAAGUACCUCCUCCGGGCGUGGUUCUUCUACGGCAACUACGACGGCCAGCUGCUGUCCUUCCAACUCCACCUCGGCGUCAACUACUGGGACAGGGUGGACGUGACCUCCGCGGAGUUAGCCUACUGGAAGGAGACCAUCGCGGUGGCCACCGACGGGCACUUGUCGGUGUGCCUGGUCAACACCGGCACGGGGACGCCGUUCAUCUCCGGGAUUGACUUACGGCCGCUGAAGGACAGUAUGUAUCCGGCGGCAAAUGAGUGGCGGAGUUUGGUGCUGCUCUACCGGUGGAAUUUGGGAGUGGAAUCGGGCUCCAUCAGGUAUCCGGCCGAUCCGCUCGAUCGGUUGUGGGCGCCAUGGAGCUCCCCGCGGUGGAACGAUGUCUCCACCAACUCAACCGUCCAAAACCUCUCCGUGGACUUGUUCGAAGCUCCCUCCGUCGUCAUGCAGACCGCCGUCACCCCCAUCAACUCCUCCAGCCUCGUCAUUCCAUGGGAUCCCUUCCCCGGCUACGUCAACCAGUUCUUAGUCUUCCUCCACAUAUCCGAGAUCUUAGACCUCUCCGGUACCAAUCAAUCGCGGCAGUUCAACAUCUACGUGAAUGGAUUCCGGUGGCUGGGGGUUAUAAUGACCCCCGAGUACCUCCAAUCGGACUCCGUCUACAACCUCGUGACCCUCCCUUCGUCCCCCACCUACAACAUCUCCCUCGAGGCUCUCAGCAACUCCACUCUCCCGCCCAUCCUCAAUGCCUUCGAGCUAUACGUCACCAUGAGCAACACCUCCGUGCCCUCGGAUGCUGGAGAUGUUGAUGCCAUGACAGCGAUCAAGGAGCGGUAUCGGAUCCAGAGGAAUUGGAUGGGAGAUCCAUGUUCCCCUAGUGAUUUUGUCUGGGAUGGACUAAAUUGUAAUUAUAGCUUGUCAAAUUCUCCAAGAGUCACUGCUUUGAGCCUGUCAUCAAGUGGGCUGACUGGGGAAAUAACCAAAUCUUUUGCUAGUCUUAGUGCACUUCAAUACUUAGACUUGUCUUACAACAAUUUAACAGGGUCAAUACCUGAUGAUCUAGCAAACUUAAGUUCUCUCAGACUACUUGAUUUGACAGGCAACCAGUUAAAUGGAUCAAUUCCUUCAAACCUCCUGGAAAUGGCACAAAAUGGAUUGCUUACCUUAAGACUGGAUGGGAAUCCACAUCUUUGCUACAAUGAUAAAUCGUGCAAUGUGAUAUCAACACCGGUGAUCCUGAAGGUUUACAUUUGUUUUUCAGCAACAGGCAGCUUGCAGAUAGAUUCAAAAAAUUGUUGAUGCCCCAUACAAAUUUACUUGAAUAUAUAUGAGAGUUUAAAUGCAACAAAGAAAAAUAUUUUUUUUUUACUUUUAUGGAAAUGUACAUGACCCUUUACAGAUCAUUAUACUCUUUAAAGGAGUCACCUUUUGUAAAACCGAUUUAUAAUAUUAGAAUUAGUGUAAUAAGAAAAUAUGAAGAAUGAAAUAAUAAGAAGGGCUCCCCUUGUAACUUA